UGGCUAAUAUUCAUAAUUCAACCAUGUUGGCAAGACGCCUGUCGACGAGGGUGUCGAUGUCGGUGCCGCUGCAGCACGCUAAGAAGGCCAAGAACGCGGCCAAGACAGCCACAGCGCAGCAAGAUACAAGCACCAAACCAGCAGAGGAUAAGGAGACGAACCCUUGGAGCCACUUCACCGCCUUCAACAGUAUGGAAGACUACGUGGACGUCACUCUGAUCCAAUACAACAACCAAGAGAACGAUAAAGACGAAAAGCCAUAAAAAAAAAUCAUCAACCAACUGCACAGAAUACGCCUUGAUGUUGUUUUUAUUCUUCCCAGAAACAAAAUAUAAAACCUCAUACCUACCGGGGGGAUCCAUGGAGUUACCUAAAUGAGCAUAACCAUCGGAUCUCCUCCGUCCUGGAUGUACAUGACCUUGUUCAUCUCUUCCAGCUCCACCAACACCUUUUCUAACUCAGCAACCGGUACUUCGUCGCCUCUGGAUCGACCAUCA